AAGCUGUUAGUUCAAUUGUGUUUGCAGUGAUUCUAAUACGCUGAGACAUUAACUGGAGCUCAGGAAAUUGCUGACCCCUUUUGCUGCCUUUGGCUAUCUAGUUUUGGUUUGUAGUGUGGAUUCUGGAUCUGCAGAGGAUGAAGCUGAUUCUCAUUUAAGUACUUUUCUUUUGAAGAUAAGACAAACCUCACUCAUUUUUUGACUCAGGACUCGCUUGCCUCACAUGCUUAUAACUUAUGAUAUUUGUUGAGCUUACCUGAGAUCGGAAUGGAUAAACAUGUCUUGUCUCUGUUACAACUUUUAGUUUCUGUGGUGUGCGGAGAUCAGCACUGGUCCUCUCUGGGAAACAACGAUCAUCAGGGAGGUACUGUCAGUCUUUCCAUGCAAGUGUCAGCCUCAGCUAUUGAAACAGCUUGGUCCACCUUUCCAACUCUCUCCACUGUGGGAUGGCCACAUGCCUCACUUCAUGCCAGUCUCCAGCAGCAAAUACCAAAGUGCAAUAAAACUCGCAUGAUGGAAACAUUACCAGAAUGUCGGAGAAGGUUUGAAGUUAUGAUGCAAACAUUAGACCCCAGCCAAUGGUGUAACAUAACAGAAUUUAUCAUGUAUUACAACGAUUUUUCACAAUGUACUGAAAACAGCUCUUUAUCUGUUGGUUGCUUUUGGCCGAACUCCUUAGUAGAAGCAUUCAUCACUGGGAUUCAUAAACAUUUUUUUUCAAACUGUACAUCAGAUGAAGAGAAAUGGGAAGAUCCACCGGACGAAAUUCUUACAACCCUAAUUUUAAUACCAGUAUUUUUGACUGCUGCUAUGAUCAGUUUGGUGGUUUGGUGCAGUAAGAGAGCAGACAUCUUUGGAUAAAUUCAAUUUUCCAGAUUUGGUUUCUAAAACUUUGUGAUAAGCAAUUUGACCCAGCAGAAAGACUUUACUGAAAAUGAAUUUCAGAUGAAGUAUAUGUUACUUUGUUGCUUUUGUCAUUCUGUCACUGUUACAUGCUGACAUCUUCUGGAACCAGAUACUUACAAUGCAUACACAAAUGAAUUGAUCUGUUACAAAGUUGGAGUCACAUUGUGUCUCUUGAUUCACUGCAUUAUAAUUUUUACAAUUUCUUGGCAUUUAAAGCUCAUUUCCUUCAAUUCAUAUGCCACCACUGUUUACAUCCAGAUGGAUUGUUGAUGGAUUUGUAAGCUAUUUAAACUCCCUUGACUAUAAAGAUUUUUACAGCAAGGAUACAUUUAAGGUCAAGCUGGAGGAAGCAGUUACAGAUGUUGUUCUAGAAUAUUGUUUGGGUGCAGUAAACUUUGUCUUAGACACAAAAUAAAGAAACACAGAAUUACUCCCUGUACUUUAAUUUACAGGAAUAGAAGUUUAUUCAAUCAAUAAGUAUAUUUCAAAUACAUGGAUUAUUGUAUAUCUUCACACAAUUGAUCAUGCCCUAAGUUAUAUAAUGACAUCAAAUACAUAGUGUAUGUUAUAAAGCACUAUAUAUGUUUAUAAUACAUAUUUACAGAACAUUUAGAACUGCCAGUGUAUUAGCAAAGUUUGCAUUGUUUUGCAGUAUAGGCACACACACCUUGCAAAGCCUCUUUAGAAUUGUUUAUCGUAUCUCAUUUUUUUGUGGUUAAUUAGGAACAGACAUAAAUGAGCUCAUGUGCUGAGAAAGCAAUCACUGUGCAGAAUGGUAAAAGGAAUCUGCAGGGCACACAACAGCCUCAAGGGAGGUAAAGGAAAAAAAUUUAGAGGUAAAUUGCAGGGAAAUCAUGCAAAAUAAGCAAUGAAAGUCAUUUUAUUUAUUUAUUUUUUACUAUGCCUAAUUUAAGAUUAACAAGAAAUUAAAAUAGUAAAUAAAUUAACUAACUGUAUAUCAUUAGGCUUACUUUUUAAUUAUUUUUAAAGGGACAGUAUAGCCAUAAUUAGACAUUCAUGCAUAUAAUUUUAAUUUCAUUUACAUGUUUAAUUCAUAGUGCUCCAUAUAUCAGCUUGGGACCCCUUGUGGUGCAGGUUUCCUGAUACAAGCCUGCAACCAUAAGUUAAUAAGCAGAGGUGGUUGUAUAGAAUUAUCCCAGGCUAAUUUGUCUGGGGUGAUUGACAAGCCCUGCUAUCCUGCAAUUGGUUGCACAAGGGCAAGGGGUCAGUGCUGCAACAGGAAUUGCUUAAGCAAUGUUAAAUUCAGGCAGCAGGUGCUAUUUUACAUCCCAAAAUCUGGAUGGUCACUUUCCCUGGUUGGGAAUUUAGCCUACACACUGCUUAAUAAAUUAAGGAGAAUGUCCAGACAGCAGCACCAAUGUAGUUACAAAAUGGCUUUAUUACAUAAAGGCAAAAGACAUCAAAUCCAAUAAAUGAAACCCAUAUUGUAUAUCCUGUGGAAUAUCAUAAUAUGUUUUAAUACAUAACACCCCAAUUAAAAUCCAGUAUUAGAGUAGAGCAGCAAUUCCUCAACCCGGGAGUCAAAAUUUAGUGUUUGGGAGUGUAGCAUAAUGUAGAAGAUUUUAUUCCUGGUGAAAAGCUUAUCACAAACUGUAUUUACAAAUACUACUAUAGAGUUGUGUGUCCGUAAUUUCCUCAGACAAGGGCUGUGAUACCCCAGUGUCACAUGACUACUUAAUUGAGAAUCAGUAAAUUAUAAUAAAUAAGAUCAGGGUAAUUAUUAUAUUUGCCACUUCAUAUUAACCCAAUAAGUAUGUGCUUAGUUUUAUAUUAAACACUAUAUGCAACAGCAAUAUUUAAAACUCCAUGAGAUCACUGAUGUAAUAAAAAAUAACUGUCUGA